UACCUUAUUGAGGAACUCAAAGAUGAAAAAUUAGUGGAAGAACUAUUAACAACGUCGGAAAAGAUUGUUGUUGAUCAAAGUGUCAAAAAAGAAAAGGAAGAUGCCGUUUCCACUAUCCAAAGCUCUACCACAACCGAAAAAGCAAAAGAAAUAGUAUCAUCCCAAAAAGAAGAUGGAUCCUUAGAACUCCCUGACACCGUUUCUAAGGCGCUUGAUGUUGAAUCUAGUGAAUCAUUAGUUUCAUCUAUUAAAACUUAUUUCAUCAAUAAAGGAACGAAAGCACCGGAGGACAAAAAAUUACUCGAUACCGCUAUAACCUUAUCCUUCCUCAGAAAAACAUCAUCUACUGACACUUCACCAGAAUUGAAAGAAAAAGUUGCAAAAGCAGAAAAAUAUUUGAAGACCGAGUUAGGAAGUGAUGAAAAAAUUAAAGAAUUAUUGGAAAAAACCGAUACAGUUGUUGUCGAUCAUGCAGUCAAGAAAGUAAUCAAAGAAAAAGCGGAACAAACGAUUGUCCAAGAAAUUCAAGAAACUGUAACUGAAGAAGAAGAGAUCACAAAAGUCAUUGGAAUUCAAAAUAACGAAG